AUGGGGCGACAGACUGGCAGCCAGUGGGGAAGAGACGAAGACGAGGAGGCGGCGGGGCCUGAGACGGUGCGGGGCGCGCCGGGGGACGCGGGCGAUCGGCCGGGAGCGCGGGCUGCGCGCCGAGCGGCUCAUACUCGCGACCGCGGCGCCGGCGGCUGCGGCGGCGCAGGGAGGCGUCGGGCCCGCUCUCGGCCCUCGAGCGCCAGGAUCCAGGGCCGCGGACUCUGGCCGGAGGCGCCCCCAGGCCGGCCUCGCUGGUGGGGAUCCGGAGAGGGAGGUCCCAACGGCUUGGGACUCCAGGACGGGGCGCACUUGCCCGGCCGGGGUCCUCGGAGACCCGCAGGGGGCGCCCUGCGGCCGGCCCCACCCCCGGCCCCGCGGGGGUCUCCGUGCGCCCCGAGGGAGCCGGCGGAUCGCGGCGCCGCGCCCCGGAGACGCCCGACGGUCGGGCAGGGGCGCCCCGUGGGCCCUCCCGGCGCCGCGCCCCGGGCGCAGGGUGAGUUGGCGCGGGUCCGGCCGGGGAGGAAGUUUGUGAGGAGGAGCCGUCGGGGGUUCCCAGGCCCCUCCGGGAGCCCGCUGCGGGCGGAGGCGGAGGCGGGCUGCCCGCGGAGCCGCGCACCCCCGUCCACGCGCCGCCGCUGGCCCGGGGCGCCUGGCGCGGGGCACCGAGGCGCGGAUCCGGCGGGCAGAACGCGCGCAGCGCCCGCGCCCGCGCCCACCUCGGCGUCUUUGCGCUCCGCAGCGGCGCGCCUCGCCGGGCGCCCCCGCCAGUCCUGCCGGAAGAUGGUCAAUGACCGGUGGAAGACCAUGGGCGGCGCUUCCCAACUUGAGGACCGGCCGCGUGACAAGCCGCAGGAGGAGAUUCAGGAGUUCCCUGUGGAAUCUGAGCGUCCACAGAAGAAGCUGUUUGCUCUGUUGUACUUCCUCACGUGGCCCGGCUGCGGCUACGUGCUGUGCACCGUGCUGCUGUCCCUGGCCGUGCUGCUGGCCGUGGCUGUGACCGGCGCCGUGCUCUUCCUGAACCACCCCCACGCGCCAGGCACGGCGCCCCCGCCCAUCGUCAGCACCGGGCCCGCAGGCGUCAACAGCGCGCUGGUCACCGUGGAGAGGGCCGACAGCUCGCGCCUCACCAUCCUCAUUGACCCGCGCUGCCCCGACCUCGCCGACGGCUUCGCCCGCCUGGAGGGCGCCCAGGCCUCGGUGCUGCGGGCGCUGGCAGAGCACCGGGCCGAGCCGGGGCCGGCGGGCGAGCAGGAGCGGGAGCUUCUGGACACGCUGGUGGACCAGCUGCCCCGGCUGCUGGCCCGGGCCUCCGAGCUGCAGGUGGAGUGCGCCGGGCUGCGGAAGGGCCUCGGCGCGCUGGGCCAGGGGCUGGGCGCCCUGCAGAGCGAGCAGGGCCGUCUCAUCCAGCUUCUCUCCGAGAGUCAAGGCCACAUGGCUCACCUGGUGAACUCGGUCAGUGAUGUAUUAGAUGCCCUGCAGAGGGGCCGGCCCCGCGUCAAGGCUGACCUUCAGAGGGCACCUGCCAGGGGGCUGCGGCCCCGGGGCUGCACCAGCGGCUCUGCGCCACGUGACUGUCUGGACGUGCUCCUCAGCGGGCAGCAGGAGGACGGCGUUUACUCAGUCUUCCCCACACACUACCCUGCCGGCUUCCAGGUCUACUGUGACAUGCGCACAGACGGCGGCGGCUGGACGGUGUUUCAGCGCCGGGAGGACGGCUCCGUGAACUUCUUCCGAGGCUGGGAAGCGUACCGGGACGGCUUCGGCAAGCUCACGGGGGAGCACUGGCUAGGGCUCAGGAGGAUCCACGCCCUGACCACGCAGGCUGCCUAUGAGCUCCUCGUGGACCUGGAGGACUUCGAGAACGGCACAGCCUACGCCCGCUACGGGAGCUUCGGCGUGGGCUUGUUCUCCGUGGACCCCGAGGAAGACGGGUACCCGCUCACUGUGGCCGACUACUCAGGCACUGCAGGGGACUCCCUCCUGAAGCACAGCGGGAUGAGGUUCACCACCAAGGACCGCGACAGCGACCACUCCGAGAACAACUGCGCUGCCUUCUACCGCGGCGCCUGGUGGUACCGCAACUGCCACACGUCCAACCUGAACGGGCAGUACCUGCGUGGCGCGCACGCCUCCUACGCCGACGGCAUCGAGUGGUCGUCCUGGACGGGCUGGCAGUACUCCCUCAAGUUCUCCGAGAUGAAGAUCCGGCCGGUCCGAGAGGACCGCUAGCCGGGCACUCCCUCCGCCCACCGCCCCAUCCCCGCCCAUCCCCUCGCCCUCGCCCCCGGUGUCCCCAUGCCC